UUAACUUGAAUGCCGGGAAAUGUGAUAAUUAGACGCGUGCAAUCUCAACUUCUUCACUUGAUGUACUUUGACCAGCUCAUUGUUUAAUUAUUUUUAAUCAGAGUCUCUCCGUGAGAAAUAGAAUGGUUCAGCGGGGUGAAUUUUACAUGGGCUCUGGUCUCCUGCAGCCCCUUACCAUUAUUGGCUUACCGCUAGAUCAAAUUAACUUCCUGGUAUGUCAGAUCUCAGCGCUCUUCCUAGGAUAUUACUUCCGAAAAAACUGGUCCCCUAAGCAGAUCAGCGUGGUUAAUCGUCACGCUAUAGAACUAGUAGUGGGAUUUCUACUAACGGCCUUCUGUUUUGGAUAUCAGGUGAUCCAUGUCGUUUUGAUGGGAUUGCUGUGUUAUGCCCUGAUCCUCUAUGCGCCUCGUGAUAAGUUCCACACCCUGGUGUUUAUUGCCAGUAUGGGGUACCUCUGUAUCAUGCACAUGUACCGCCAGUACUACGACUAUGGGGGAUACUCUCUGGACAUUACAGGACCUUUAAUGAUACUUACCCAGAAAGUGACCAGCAUAGCUUUCCCUCUACAUGACGGGACACAGAAAAAAGAUGAAGAUUUAAACCCAGAUCAAAGGAUAAUGAAAAUAGAGAAGCCACCGUCAGUCUUGGAAUACUUUAGUUACCUCUUUAGCUUCCACAAUAUAAUUUUUUAGCCAUUUUGUAAUUUUACUGACUAUAUCAAGUUCAUCGAGGGCAAAGAUGGCUCUUACGAAACUCCUGACAAAACUCCAACAAUUCCAAAACCAGAGGACGCGGUUAAGGAGAAGUUAAUCGUGGCUGGUAUCUGUGGUGUUGUCAUGGUGUUGUCUCCCUUAGUCUUCCCUGUUGAAUACAUGGCAGAUGAUGAAUUCCUUUACCAGACAAACUGGUUUUACAGAAAUUUCUUCGUUCUUUUUUGUGUGUCACUGGUUCGAGCCAAAUAUUACUGUGCCUGGAAAUUAGGAGAGGCGGUUAACAAUGCUGCAGGCCUGGGUUUCAGUGGUUAUGAUGACAAAGGUCAGGCAAAGUGGGACCUUCUAAAUAAUGUCAAAAUCUACGAAUUAGAGGUAUCGAACAGUCUUAAAGUAAACAUAGACUGUUGGAACAUCACGACCUUGAUCUGGCUGCGUCGUGUGGUGUAUGAUCGUGUGCCCCCGAGGCAUCGUACCCUUGCCACGUUUAUGGUCAGCGCCCUCUGGCACGGCUUCUAUCCCGGGUAUUAUAUCUGUUUUACCGGAGCUGCUCUGUGUACUGUAGCCGCCAGACUGAUGAGAAGAAAUGUACGACCAUUAUUUCUUGAUUCUCCGGAUAAAAAGAAAUUGUACGACGCUGGGACAUUCUUCUUUACGCGCUUUGCAAAUGUUUAUCUGGCCUCCAAUUUCUGUCUACUUGGACUUGUACCAUGCUUUACAUUAUUAGGGUCUUUAUUUUUCUGGAUUCACUUAUGUGCAAUAGCAGUUAUCAUUUACUUCUCAUACCUUCAUCCAAAGAAAAAGACAGAAAAAGUGGAAACCGUAGCAAAGGAGACAGUGGACGUAAAAAAGUCGCAGUAGCUAGAGAUAUCGCGAGUUGUGUUCAAAUUGUGACAAGUCACUCACGUGUUAUUAACUCAAGUUUUAUUUUUAAUAUUUUUUGAUUAGUAGUUUGACUGUUUCUUACACUUUUUUGUGAUAUUAGAUAACUUUGGUUUGUGAUGUUUGCAUGUUGUGAAAUUCCAAUGUUUAUCUAUUUUUUUUUAUUUUAAUAAUAUGUUGAAUGGAUCAGAAGGUGAGGAUACAGAUUAUUUUUACAUAAUUUUUGUGGACUUUCCAAAGACAACCACAGCUUUUCAUUACUCAUACAAAGAUGGGUAGAUCACAGUUGAAUGACAAAGUGAUCUGUCAGUUUCUGUCAGUAAAAUGUGUUUACUGUAAACCAACUUUUAUUUGCAUGCAGAAAUAUGAGUUCUGCGACCUACUUUUAUUCGCAAAUAUUAUAAUCACCGCAAAACCAAUAAUUUUGAUAAGUACAUGUAUUUGUAGAGAAUGUUUCCUCUAUCGCAAAAAUUAAUUAUCGCAUAUUGAUUUCAAAAUGACGAAUCACAAAAAAAAGAUGACGUGAAUAAAAGUUGGUUUAUAGUAUGCCUCUAAUAUGGUCAGCAGGUGAAUUUGAUCAGAUAGGAUUUUAUUGUUUACCUUUAUAAUGAUCUCUUUAGAUCACUUGGAGAAUGGCUAGAAUAUAAAUCUUAUGGAAAGCAAUAAAUACAUGACUGUACACCAUCAUGUAAAUGAACAAACCAUUCCAUUAUUUUGUGAAUAAUAUUUUAUCGAAGGUUUCCUCAGAUUGGAUUUCAGUAAUGAAUAAAAUU